GAAUGAAAACAGUAUCGUACGCAGACGUGAGCCAUACUUGAUCCAUUGAAUCGACAUACUUCUGUCGCGUUUGACUCGAACUCUUUCGUUGUGUUUAUAGCGAAUAAUUGGGGGAAAAAAGAUUAGAAGGAUUUCUGUGUAUAAUAAUAACUUUAACGAAAUUGAAGAGAAAAAAAGAAAAGAGGAGAGAGAAGAUGAAUGAUUUAGAAGUGGAAGGUGGUUCAUUUCUAUUGUGGAAGGAUUGAUGUCAAAGCGUUCGUGGCACGUUCGAGACGGCCGAAUAAGGUACAAGUGAGGAUAAGGAAAGGGUAUCCCUUGCACUCUCGAUUCCGAAAAAAAAAAACAUCUUUUCUCUCCUGGCCGAUCGUAAGAAUGAACGAUAUCGUAGAAAUGAAAUUGAAAGGUAAACAUUUAUUGGAUACUUAUGUGGAUGAUAAAAAAUAAAUUUGUGAAGAAUCGUAAGAAAACGGAUACAUCGCGUACUGCAGACGGUAGUAUUUGAAGUUCUCUUUUAAAAGAUGGAUGCGACGAUCGAGAGAGAGUGCAGCGCAUUAGGCGGUCUCUUUCAGCAGAUAAUUACUGAUAUGAAGAAUGGAACACCUCUUUGGGAAGAUUUGAUCUCAAAAGCUACAAAACUACAUUCAUCCCUAAGAGCUGCCAUUUUGGCAUUAUCAGCAUAUCUAGAAGCUUUUCAAAAAAUUGCAGAUGUAGCAACCAAUGCUAGAGGUGCUACAAAAGAGAUUGGAACUGCUUUGACAAGAAUAUGUUUAAGGCAUAAAGCAGUUGAAAAUCGUAUGAAAUCAUUUACAAGUGCUAUUAUGGAUCGCUUGGUAAUGCCACUUCAAGAAAAAAUAGAAGACUGGAAAAGAUCUUUGAUUAAUUUAGAUAAGGAACAUGCCAAAGAAUAUAAAAAAGCAAGAGCAGAAUUAAAGAAAAGAUCAACUGAUACAUUGCGAUUGCAAAAGAAAAAGGGUCGGAAGGGUCAAACUUCUCAUAUUCAUACUCAGAUACAAGGGCAAAUUCAUGGAGUUGUACAAAGUGAUUCUGAGUUUAAUAAAAUGUUAGAAUCUUCUGCUGCAGUCAUUCAAGAAAAACGUUUAAGUUUGGAAGAGACUGAAAGAAAGGCAGUGCGUGCAGCUUUGCUUGAAGAACGUGGUAGAUUCUGUCUACUAGCUAGAUUUUUAAAACCAGUACUUGAUGAGGAGAUUGCAAUGUUAAUGGAAUUGACACAUCUUCAAGAAGUUUCUGAUCAAUUGCAAAGACAUGCAGCUUCACCACAUCAUCUACCACCUGCAUCUGAACAAGUGAUAACGGAUAUAAAAGGCUGCGAUGUUACACAAUGGUCAUUAGCAACUCCUCCUUCUAGCCCUUCUUUAUCUUUAGGAUCAAGAAAAAGCUCUAUGUGUUCAAUCAGUUCUUUAACAAGCAGUAGCAGUGGAUCUUGUAAAAGUCAUCCAAGUCCAUCUGGACAUCCAUGGCACAGAUCCCUUUCUCAGUCCGUUGGUGCCAGGCCUUCCAGCAUCAGCAGUAUGGCAAUGUUGCGUCAUUUAACAAAUGGCAGUUCCCGUGAUUCUGGCUUCACUUCUCAAGAUACGUUAUAUACACAACCUAUUUCUGAACAUCAGGUAUCAAAUGUCUCUUCUCAAUAUAAUCAAAGUACUGGAUGUACUGUUACAAGACCUGUAACUACUUCAACUUGGCCUGAUUUACAGGAAACAUCUACUACGUAUGAUAGACAAAGCCAAAAUACAAUUAAUGAAAGGCCUCAUACAAUCUCUUCUGCUUAUGAAAAGGGGCAUCAGAGACCUGCUCUUAGUGUUUACACAUUCCAAGCACCUGAUCAAGAGGGAAAUAAUUGUUGUCACAGUCAGCCAGCUUCUCCAGUUUCUUCUUCCUCAUCAUGCUCUUCCUCUAAUCAACAGUUAUCAAGAAUACAAUUGCGUCGAAAUAAUGGAAAUCGUCCACCCAUACCUAAUAGAUGUUCUAGCCUAGAACGACCAUCUACAACAGUAAAAACUGAACCACCUAGUAGUCCACGGGGAAAACCGAAAUUACCGCUUCCAGCUCAUUUAGCAAAAGAAUUAGCCACACAUCAACUUCAGCAACCAAUGUAUGUAAACAUGCAUGAAUUGGCAAACUUGGCUGCUAGUCGUGCACAAGAAAUGCAAUUUCCUUUACCACCUCCUCCUUCAAUGCCAGCAUCAGGAAAUGACAAGGUCGAAGGUACAGAAAAAGAUGGAGGAAGCCAAACUUCGGAAUCAAGCGUAGAAUCAAGUAGUGGAUAUGGAAGUCAGACUACUUUACCGCAUUCCCAUUCUACUCAUAAUCAGACUGAAAAUACUUGGAAUGUACCUGCAGCUGCAUCGACUUUACUUUCGCGGAGAGGAUCAAUGCAGCAAGCUACUAGGCCACCUCCGCCGGCAAGACGUACAUCUACUAUUAUUACAGCUACCUUCAGUAGUCUUGUAACUAAUCCCAACGAAGAAAAUAUAGAAAAUAUUUGCGACGAUACUGAAAAUCUUCCGCCACCGCCAGCAUUCCUAUUAGAAAGUUCUUCGCCUGUAGCUAGCCCUACUCCUCAACGAUCUAUUUCCGUAUCAGAAACAGUACGAACUUUGACAGAACUACGUCAUACACCAGCUAGUCCUUCUCUUUUACGUAAGGCUGGUGCACAAGGACAUGUUAAUACUUCUAGCGUAAUGCAGCAUAGUACAAUAUUACAAACAGCUUGUACGUCUGUUGAACGUUCAUCUACUACUACGCGUUCCACUUCAAAAGAACGCGGAACGCAUUUCACUCAGACACAAAUAUCUACUGCCACUGUAAGCAAUCAAGGGCAAGGUCCUGGAGGUGUAGGUCAAAGUUUCAUGGCUGCACUCAAUGCAAAACUUAUUAAUAGUACAAGCGGUAAUAGCACAGGUAACAGUAGUCCGAAACCAGCAAGAAAACAUUCCACCGAUCAACAAAUGACCAAGAAUUCUAAAACAUCAUCUGGUUUUCUUGAAACGUUAAAUGCAAAAUUAGCGCAACAACAACAGAGCCUUCAAGGGAACAAUGUAACAAGUAGAUCUGCCAGUGUGAGACGUAUUAUGGGUAAUCGCGUACCUAUUAUGGAUCCAGCUCAAGUAAGAGAUUCUCUUAUGGAUCAAAUUCGACGGGGCACUUCUUUACGAAAAACCAGUGGUCCCAUUAACGAUCGUUCUGCUCCCAAAAUCUGUUGAAUGCCGAGGAAUGCUGUUUUGCGUAAGUUCCUCCUGCUGUUUUAUUACAUAUAAUGUUUAUAUAAGGCAAUAUAUACAAACAUCAAAACAUCUUUAUAUUGUCGCAUACAUGUCAGACUAUGACAAUACCUUUACAAGUAUAUUUGCAUUAUUUAUGUUAUGAAUACCAAAACUUUCAUUUAUUGCACGAGUUACAUAUUGUAACGAUGGAGCAAUUUUUUGACAGAGUUUAUUGUAAGUUAAGAAGAAACAUUAUGUUAAAUCUGCCUUGAAAGUAUUUAUAUUUAGCGCGAUAUAUAAUAAUAAUAAUAAUAAUAAUAAUAAUAAUAAUAAUAA